UAAUCGCUUUUGCAUUUGUUACUUGGUUCUUACUUACGGGCCUCUACUGUCGGUCCAAAGCGAAACAUGCAUUCAGUCCAAUGAUAUCAUCACAAACUGACUGUCAAUUGCGCCGUCAUCACAUUACUGCUAGUCGAUCAUCGUUUGAGUAAGUACCAAAGAAAGAAUAUUUCAGCAGAUCUCACGGUAACACUGCGUAAAAGAAUAUUUUUCCUGUGGACGUGUCUGACCUUGAGCGAACCCAACAACAAUGACUGCUACUCAAGCCGGAACGAACCUUCAGCUGGCCCCUUUGCGUUCGGUCAAUGACUUCCUGCUUGAAUCGGCCCGCUUUCAGUUGCCCAAUUUCCAGGAUUUCGAAAAGUGGGGUAACCGGGUGGUGAAAAAUUUGCUCUACUACCAGACGAACUAUUUCCUCAUGAGCGCCGCCGUAUUUCUGCUCAUUGGAUUGAUCCAUCCGUAUAAGGUGGUACUCGGGGCAACCAUUAUUUUGGUCCUGUCGUACGUGUUCAUUAAAUUCUUUUCCUCGGAAGCGCGUCGUUCUCUUGGUGCAGCAGGGGAGCAACCCAACAAAUGGGUUGUCCUGGGCGGUGUUCUGGGAUGCAGCUAUUUGGUGCUGUACCUGUUUGAAGCUGUGCUGAUUGUCAUGUUUGCCAUGCUGUUACCAUUCUCACUCAUUUUCGUGCAUGCCUCCUUACGACUGCGGAAUAUUAAGAAUAAGAUCACCAACACCAUUGAGAGUGUAGGAGUGAAGCAGAGUCCAAUGGGACAAUUCCUUGAGGCGAUGGGACUCAUGCCGGAUGCAUUCUAAGCGAACUUGAUGUUUUUACUUGAACCGUUCUCAGUCGUCAAUAGGCAGCUGAUUUUCUACUAGCUAUAAGCCAUCCAAAGCAGAGAAUCUUGUUCUAUUAGAUAUUUACAGAUGCGAAAACUAUACAUUUUGAAAUUGACGAUUUCCGUAGGAAGACAGAUCCGUAAGCUGCGACUCAUUGGUUGCUAUAGUUUAUAAGUGAAAUUUUCUUGACGCUAGUCAUAAAUAUGUUAUUCUGGUUGGACAUUAAGUUGAAUGAUGAAACAAUAAAAAGCAUGUAAAGAACAUAA